AUGGCAGUCCCGGGUGGCACACAUUGGCAGGCCUUGAAAUGGAUCAUGAAGUACCUAGUGGGUACACAAGAUUUUGGAUUAUUGUUCUGCACGAUGGAAGAUGAAGAUGAGCUCGUGGGAUAUUGUGAUGCAGACUAUGUUGCAAAUGUUGACAGCAGGAAGUCUCAAUCGGCUUAUAUCUUCAAACUCUUUGGUACUGCAGUGAGUUGGAGAUCCAACCUUCAACCCGUGGUUGCACUCUCCACAACAGAGGCCGAGUAUAUUUCAUUGGCAGAGGCAGUCAAGGAGGCAAAGUGGCUAAAGGGAAUCUUGGGUGAUUUUGGUGUGAUGCAAGCUUCUGUCACGCUUCAAACUUUUCAUGAAAGAAGUAAACACAUCGACAUCAAACUUAAUUUUGUGAGGGAUGAGAUAAGUAGAGGUGAAGUGGCGAUCAAGAAGGUUCACACCUCUGAGAAUGCAGCUGACAUGAUGACUAAACCCCUAUCGAGUGCUAAGUUCGAGCAUUGUUUGGACUUGGUUAACUUGACGACUAGGAGAUGA